GGGAUUUAAUUUACAUAUUUCCCUUCUGGCCACCACGCUUCUCCACUUCUCUGCUACCACCCUUGAGGCCGCGCCACUCCCCCGCUUCCCUCCCUUCCCGCUCCGGCUGCAUCCUUUAUAAACCAGGCAAUCCCUCCGAACGACUUUCUUGUUUUUUUUCACAAGCUGCCGUCUGAGAGAAACCUAACGUGAGGGGCGACCCUUGAAUUAGGCAAGACACGGCAUCAACCUCAGUGUUGAGGAAUGAAACCGGAUGGGGUUAGCAUGGAUAAAACAGAGCCCACAGAAGCUGCAGCACCUGCGGAGUCUUCAGUGUCACAGGAAAAUGCGGUAGAGCGAGCCUCAACUCAGUCAGGGCAAACAGAGAAUGAUGUUUCACCUGACAAUGCGCCAAAGACCAAUGGGAAACCAGACCCCCAAGUCAUCAUAGAAGCGUCGCCCUCCAAAAAGCAGGCCGCCACAAAAACACAAGAUUACCCAAAAGCCAAGCCCCAGCCACAUGCUGUUAGCACACAUCGCCCUCUGAAUAACAACCAGUCUUCUACAAACAAUAAAAACUCUGGGAAUAAAAUGGCAGCAAAACCACCUUUAGCGAAGCCUGACACCAAAAGACCAGUGACUGUUGCUACUGUUGCGCCCUUCUCCAAAUUCCAGACCCAGGUGGGUGAACUGCGGCCCGUGGGAAGUGGAGCAUCGCGGACGACAUCGAGUGCUUCUGUGACUGCAAGAAAUGGUACCAGCCCCACAACCAUAAACAGAAAUCAUAUUUCAACAACUACGGGCAGACCAGUGACAUCUACUGGCAUGAAUCCAAGCACUUCUGUUGCUGCCAGAGUGGACAGUGGUGCCAUUCCAAAGACUGGGAAAUCAAGCACUUCUACAGCUGCUAGAAUGGACAGUGGUGCCAUACCAAAGACUGGGAAAUCAAGUACUUCUACAGCUGCCAGAGUGGACAAUGGUGCCAUUCCAAAGACUGGGAAAUCAAGCACUACCACAGCUGCCAGAGUGGACAGUGGUGCCAUCCCUAAGACUGGGAAAUCAAGCACUACUGUAGCUGCCAGAGUGGACAGUGGUGUCAUUCCAAAGACUUGGAAACAUGGCACCACUACAGCUGCCAGAGUCGACAGUGGUGCCCUUCCAAAGAAUAAAAGGCCUACUACAGCCAGUUCGGCAUCAUCUGGAUCCAGGCCUGGUAAAACUGUUGCAUCCAGUAGUGCAAAGGCUGUUUCAUCAGGAUCUCGAUCAGCACCUUCAACAUCUAGGGCGGGUAACCACUGUGCAUCCAAGCCACCCAGCAUUGCGAGUGGCAAAACGGCAGCGGCUGGGGUUACCACAGUACCCUCUACUGGCAGGAAUACAGCAACACUGUCUGUCUCUGCUGCUGCAAAGACUGAUGUCAGUCGGCCACCUUCUGCUGCAGUUUCAAAAAGGUCAGCUGCUCCAUCAGUUGCCACUAAACCUCCAGCCACCGGAAAGCCAACUUCUGCCCUAAAAUGGCACGGUAACUUUCAAAAGGUGAAUCCCACAGGGUCCCAAACUAAAUCCAAAGAACCUGCUAAAUCUGGUCCCGCAAAGUCUUCAAGUGCGGCGUCUUUAAAACCUCCAGGUGCUGGUAAAUCACCCCUGAGAAGAACCCAAUCUGCUUCUCCAGCUAAAAAAACGACAAAUGGCAACUUGGCAAAAUUUGGAACUAAACCCACUCAGGCAAUAUUGCCUACUAUCGCUGUUGUCGAGAAGACAAAAGCCUCCAACUGCAAACCCUCUGUCAAGAAGCAGAGAGAUGCUGGGGCAACACUAGUGGUAGAAGUAGCGAAGCCACCAGAGAUGGUAGCCCAAGAAUCCGCCAGUGCCACCUUAGUACCAGCGGUGGGCCUGCCCCAAACUUCUACUCGGGACUCGCCACCAGAGGAAGUACCUCAAGCAACCGCUCAGACUGACUUAGCUGCUCCCGCUCCUUCAUAUAGCCCAGAAAUACCUCCACCAGUGGAACAUAGCAAAAAUGAUGCCGCGUCAGCACAACCGGAUCAGGUAUCUGCCACUGUGAUGCUUCCAACUCCCAAACUGUCCUCUUUGCCAGAGAUUUCUAGCCAGUCUGUUGAUGUGUCUUCAGACCAAACACUCUUUCCUAAAGCUAUUCCAACAGCUGCAAAAUCGGUCACACAGGUCAUUCCUCUCAGCAAUCUCAAUGAUGAGGAAGAUGAAGAUGAACGAGAAGGAAGCCAGCUGGUUUCAGUUUCCGAAAUGAGUGGAACUACACAAGCUACUGAGGAGUCGCGGCCCGGGUCCGCCGGACCGGCGGCCGGUUCCACUUGGAGGGCCGGAGGUGCCUUCCUUUCUGAGCUGGACUCAUUUAGCGGAAGCCAGCAGGGUGCAUCUGAGUUGAGUGCUCCUGGUGUGCUGGAGGGCACUGAGAGCAUGGAUGAUCUUGGAGAGGGCAGUCUCAAAGGAGCCAUGGAUAUGGAAGGAGCCUCUGCAGGCUCGCCAGAUUUUGAAAAGGUUCCCGAUAUACCCGUUAAUGACUAUGAGGAGGACGACGAUGACGAAGAUCGAGUGUGCGACAUGGACAUGGGCUCCGAAAAGACUGACGAACUUCUGAGACAGAGGCACGACAAUGCUGUGGAUGAUGAUGAUGAUGAGGAUGUAGAGAUGGCGAGUGAAGGGGUAACUGAGAGUGGUCUCGAGAGCUACGGGAACGCAGAUGAGGACGACUUCGCCGAGGAUGAGAGGCUGGACAACUUAAACAGGUUGGCUCAGCUUCCCCCGUCACCUCAGCUACCAUCGGCCCUGGGUGCUCAGUGGGACCGACCCAACCCGUUUGCAGAAUCCCUGGAAGAGAAAGUUCAGCUGCAGACUCUCCCUGAACCAGUCGCCGAAUUUGGACAGGUCGAAGCUGCAGUAAGCCUGUUGGUAGACCCCAUGCAAGCUGAUUCCGAGACUACAUUACAAAGUCCUGCUCAGGCCUGGCUGGAAAUAAGCCAUGAUCCUCAUGUUCAAGAAAACCAAGGUCUUCCUUUACCUUCCACUCACGAGGCUCAAAUGGGCCCAGAUCAUUGUGUCGUGGCACCACAGCAGACUCCAGAUCAGACUUUGUUUCCUAUAAGCACCAUGAGCAGUGAGAGUGUAACGCCAGAGGGACUUUGCAAUAGCACCCAGGAAGGGACACCACAAAUUCAACAAGUCCUGGUGACCUCUCCCCAGCCUGAUGCAGGUGUACACAUGGCGGGGGACAACCAGGAAGUUAAAGCACUGACCAUGCCAGCAGAUGAGCUUCUAAGAGGUGUGGUAAACGCGCUCACUUCCAAUCCGUCAUCAUCUUCAGUAACUGAGGAUGAAGCCAGCGACACGGAGGGUGAAGCGCUGCUGGACGACUCUUUGGAGACUACCAUGGUGCAGAAGCAAAACACGACUUGUGAUGUGCAGGCCCCCACGCAGCGCUGCCUCUCAACCGUCGAAGAAGUAGAAGAGUUGGAGACAACGGGUCUGACUGAUGACGCCACCCCACCUUCAGUUACUUCGCUGACGUCCUACGGCUUCGAUUCUGCAACCACGGCCUCAAACGCCCAGUCCACAGGUGAAGGCUGCAUUAAGAGCCCGGGGAUCUUCUCUCUCGAGGAACUUCCUGAGGAGUCCAAGGAGCUCCAGGAUCCAGCCCAGGCUGGCCUCGCAGAGCAGCAAUACAUCGACUGUGGUAAACUGAAGGUAGAUUCCACCGAGGAAGCCAGAGGGUCAGAGGUAGCGCAGACCCUGGACGCUUUGCAGCCGCCGUCAGACAAACCAGAAGACAUCCACCCUGCGUACUAUUCGGCAGUCUGUGAAAAGACUGACAUCUCUUUUGCAGGUCUCACCACGCUGCCUCAUCGCCGUCGCCACGGGGACCCUCAAGCCACGACUCCCAGGCUGACGUGCGCGGACCUGCCGCCCCGGAAGUCCGGGCAGCAAGCCCUCAGCCCCCAGCUGCGCCGGCUGGAGCAGCAUCAGAGGCAACUGAUGGAAAUGCAGCAGCGGCGGGAGCAGCAGAGCAGACCCCUGGAAGGGGCAGAGCAGGAGAGGAAGAGGACGGAAGAGGAGGAACAGAAGAGGAAGAAAGACGAGGCUGAGGAGGAGAUCAAGAGGAAUGAGCGGGAAGUGGGGGAAGAGGAUAAAAUGGUUAUUGAGGGAGCCAUAACUUCCAAUGGAGAGGACAAAAUGGAUGUCCGGGCCCACAAAGUGGAAGGUAAAACUGUUAACGGAGAGGGCAAAAUAGUUGCGGUCGAAAUGUCUACUGAAGAGGAGCUGAAGAGGCAUGAGCUGGAGUUGCAGCUCCAACAGCAACAGGCAGAGCUGAAGCAAAGGCAGCAGAUCAUGCAGUGGCAGCAAGAACUGGAGGAGCAGAAGCAAACGUCCCCCGGUCGAACGAUGGUCCCGUCCCCCUCGUCGGGCCUGUGCACUAUCUACGAAGCACUGGAGAACAGUGACGAAGAGCUGGACUGCCGGGAUCGAGACCCUUGUGAAAGGAGGUUGAAGUCGGACUUAAAAGACCCAAACAAAAACCCCAGCAAUGGGGAUCACUCGUCCCCCGAACGCCCGGCCCCCUUGGACUUGGACUGGAGUGCCAAAGUGGACAUGGUGCAACAGCUCAUCAAUCAGACAUUGCUGCUUAACGGAGAUGGCUGUUCCUCACUGCUACUGCUUCCGGGAGGUGCGGGAGGCACCCUGAGCCCCCUGGAGAGCAGCCUCUGGCCCAACCUCCUGCCUCCCAUUAGCCCUCCCUCGGCCACAGUCACAUCUGUGAGCAGUUUCUCCCCGGAGGCUGCCGGGAGCUCCCCCCAGGGGGAGUGGACUGUCGUGGAGCUGGAGACGCAUCACUAAGGCUAGGUUCAUACCGCAGGUCUUAAUGCACAAAUCUGAUUUUUUCGUGUUUUUCCGACUCGAGUCAGGCAUUAACUUGAUGGUCCGAACAGGACAGGUCAUGUAAAAGUAAACCAUUUCAAAUCUGAUCAAGGUCACUUUCGUGUGUGGUUAAAAUCUGACAUUUUUCCAGAAUGUUGCUGCAGUCUGAACUGUCAAGUCCCCCAAAUCGGAAUUCAUGCUGCAUUAGCUGUGCGUAGCUGUAACUGUGCAUUAGCGCCUAGCUUCAACACGGCUUUUAAGAAAGAGGCGAGCUUGACAACGGUCAUAAAAAAAUAAAAUAGUGGGCGGGGGAGGAGAAGCCCGAGAAUGCUGUUUUCUCCUUUGUGCUCCAAAUGAGCAAUAUUUCAAGAUUGCUUACACGGCUGAGAGUUGGGGGAAACUGUCCGUAUAUGUGUGCGUCAUGCACGCACACUAUGUGCAUGCUAUCAAUCAGUCCUAACUUUGAAUAUAAGACUAAACUGGGAUUAUUUAUGUCUGUUAUUUGUGUCCUCUUUUAAGAAAUCAAAAUAUGACCACCCUAGAAUAAUGUUGAGCCAGCAUUUGUUUUGGUCUUCAUGCGCAUGCUGGUCAGUUUGGACAGGGCAUUUCGGACUGCGAAUAAUUGCGCAUGCGUGAUACUUGGAGGGGCUCAAUGGACAAAGGCAGUCUGAACGGCCACGCCAAAAAAACAGGACAAAAAAAUCGGCAUUGUGCAUUAAUACCUGUAGUAUGAACUUAGCGUUAAUUCUCCUUUCUUACUGAGCCCGGUACCAGUGCUGUUUACAUACUGGCACUUCCAACUAUUUUCUAUGGUGCCCAUCCGAGAUGACUUUAGGUGAGCACUGGAAAGGCAAUUGAGAAUGUAUUCCUUAUCUUUGGUAUCAAGAAUGAAGUGAUGGUGUUCUGUAAAACUGGAAAUGAUUUGAAAGUACUUUUCAACUUUUAAGUUGAUGCACUACAAAGCUCUUUCAUACCACUUUGUGAUGUUAUAGAGGCACACACAAAUGUGAUGUGACCAGCAACGUACCUGGAUCACAGCUUUCAGGCAGAGCCAUGAGCCGCAACUUUCAAUAAUGCGAACCGGCAAUGUUACGGACUUGUGACUAGAUCACAAGUUCUAGCUAACGUCUAGAGUCAACUGAGCCGGUACAUUACAUUCACAUGACCGCAUACCGCGUUAAUAUCUGAACAUUAUCAGACUUCAGAGCACGUCUGAAAGGCUUGAUAGGAGUCUAGCGUAGGUGCAUGUAAUAAUGGGUGUUAACUUUACAAGCUAGGGCGGGCAGUCUUGGAUGGCAGUAUUUGAUUGGUUAAAAUGGUACUGGCUUUGAUAAAAUGUCUGCCCACACUAAGAGCGUAUUCACACCUACCGUGUUUGGUCCAGACUAGGCAUGUGCCGGUAUGAUAUUCUGACAGUAUGAUAACUUUAAGCCAAAAUAUCACAGUAUUGCAAUUACAGCUCUAAAAUGUGUUACUUUGAAAUAGCUGUUUUUUUUUUAAAAAAUCAAUUGAAAAGGAUUUUAUUUUUCAAAACAUGAGCAAAUUGCAACAUAAGUAUAAUGUUAAAAUAAAUUUUUAAAAAUAAUAUUUGAAAUAAAAUUAAAAUAAAUGCAGUCCUUUAGGUGAGCCUAAACCCACAGCCACUGCUCAACAUUAUUACCAUCAGAACCAAAAUAAUUGAAUUAUUUUCUAUAAGCAUGCACGUGUGUAUGACUUUUAUCAUGUUUACAUUUUACACACACUUUCUCAGCACAGUUGCCAGAGAGAAAGCACAUGUUUUACCACCGCUAGACACAUUAAACAUACUGGAGUUGACGCUCGUAGCUGGUGGGAAACGUUCAUGACAGUGUUUACUAGAGGUGGGGAAUUUUGGGACACCUUACGAUUCAGAGGCAAUGAUUCAAUUAUUAAUCACUGAUGCCCCCCUCCCUGUUCUUAAUGUUUCGUACAUUACUUCUAAAAUUGUUCAAAAAUCCUCUCAGGCUUAACCAAACUAUUAUUUCAGUAUCAAGUUAACAGCGGUGAUUGUAGCGGCUGUCUGCCGGAGUUGGGUGGUAUUGUUUUUUUUAUCUAGCGGCAUGAGUUGAACAUAUUUACUCUCGUUGCGUCCCGAAGACCGUGCUGACUAUGUUUUAGUUCCGCUUUACCUGGUAUAAAUAAUCAGAAUUUGGAUGUUUGUGAAUCGUUCUCGAAUCUCGAAUCUUCCACGGCCAAAUCGCGAAUGAUCUAAGAAUCGGAAAUUUCGCACACCUGUAGUGUUUACUAACCUUUAAUUUUGUAUAAAUGCGAAAUCAUAUUGGAGGUAUUGCCUCCUCAGCAGCCAGCUUCCGCAAACAUGUUUUACAUAUCUGUUGGCCUGCCUCCUCUAAGCCGCGGCUGUCUGCAACUUUUCUGUUGCCAAAAUAUUCCCAAACCAGCGAUUUCGUUUUCUUCGAUGGGGAGAGUUCAGGAUUUUCACUUCCUCCAGCCAUCGUGUAGCACAGCUGACUCACUGACACUGAGCAACAACUGGUGGGGGAGGGUUGAGCCUUGCAGCUGCAAGUGAGGGAUUUCCCCAUGCAUUUUUGUCACAUAAAAAAUAGCUAAUACCUAAAAUUAAAGAUCCCGAUCGAUCGAGUCCGAUCACUUAAUUUUCAAAGUAUCGGAAUCGGCAAAAAAAUAUCGGACAUGCCUUUUUUAAAUAUAUAUAUAUUUUUUUUAUUUAAAUUGUUUUCUAAUUGUAUUUGUUACAGACAAAAUGUCUUAGACUCAUCCUGAGUAGUUUUGGCUUAACGUAGUGCUAUCAAAUUUAUUGCGUUAACGGCGGUAAUUUUUAAAAAUGAAUCACGUUAAAUAAUUAACGCAAGCGCUGCACAACCUACUCACGCAUUGUACGCAUUGUCUAUAAAGACGUCGUUUUACCUAUAGAUAGCGCUAUAAGGCAGCGUAUAAUGAGUAGAGAGCCACUGGAGCCAUUUUUUAUGUAGCAAAAGCCUUACAAUACCUCUCUAAGCAAUUAAAAAUAUUGUGGGAGGCAAUGUGGGAAAGAAAUUUAGUAGUUGAUCAUUUCCUUAACACCCUAUGUUCUUUCCCAACGCAGAGAACAUAUAUCAAUUGUGCCCCUACGCACAGUCAUGGCUGCACUUCCCAUCAUGCAUUUGGGCAGAAGUUAAAUGGCUGCAGUAUCAUUUACUGAAAGCUAACAAAUACACUUAGAUGGCAAUAUUUAGUCACAAUAUACAAAGUCACAUUUAUCCUUUAAGAAUUACAAGUCUUUCUAUCCAUGGAUCCCUCUCACAGAAAGAAUGUUAAUAAUAUAAAUGCCAUCUUGAGGAUUUAUUGUCAUAAUAAACAAAUACAGUACUUAUGCACUGUAUGUUGAAUGUAUGUAUUCGUCCGAGUUUUAUUCAUUUUUUUCUUAAUGCAUUGCCAAAAUGUAUAUGAUCGGGAAAAAUUAUCAGGAAUGAUUGGAAUUGAAUUGGGAGGGAAAAAAAGCAAUCCUAUCGGGAAAUAUCAGGAUCGGCAGAUUCUCAAACUAAAACGAUCGGGAUCGGAUCGCGAGCAAAAAAACAUGAUCGGAACAACCCUACCAAAAAUUUUUGCGGUUUUGAAACCUUGAUGUUUUCAUACCACGGUAUACCUUUGAACCGGUAAUCGGCACAUGUCUAGUCUGGACCAAACCAAAACAGUUUGUGGUGGGCACCUUUUUGGGCUGGUGUGAAUACAAACCAGCGGACCAAAUAGCCAGAUACCUUGCCGGAGAGGUGGUCUCAGUUUGCUUCCAAGCGGGAUUUUGUGCAGUUCGCUAUAGAUGUGAAAGCGACCGCACUGUGGCCCGGACCAUAGCUGAAACCUUUUUCACGUAACAGGCUUCUAUAGCAAGGAAAUGUUGUUUGGUUAGCAUCACAGUGUGUUGUUAGCAGUACAUCAGCUAAUAUGAGUCGGGUUCAAUAAGGAGCUGAAUGUCUACUGCCCUUUUAAAAUGAAGGUGGCAUCAAAGGCCUUUGAAAUUUCCAGCAAACAGGAUAAAACAAAUCAUUAUGAGCACGUUUGCAGUGCUUUAGUCUGGAACUCUUGUGAUAUUUACUUCUUUAUUUCACCAUGUUAUCCAGCCCAGACAGUUUUGUCCAAUGAUUGAACAAUUUUUAACCAUGCAUAGUUUGUUGUCAAAUCCUGGGUCACUUGCUCAUAUUGCAGUGUGAAAAUGAACCGCAUCAAAUAAGUCCGGACAAAAAUUAUUUUUGUGCGAAAGCAAACCAUGGUCUUUCCUGGUGAAAAUACGCCCUAAGAGCAACCACUUUCUGGAAAUACAGGCUUUUAUUGAUAUUAAGCUCCACUAUUACACAUAAGAAUUUUUUUUUUUUUUUUUAAUUAAACAUUCUUUCCGCCGGGAUGCAUAUGAUAAAGUUGUCUGUCCCUUUUAAUCUUGAUAUCAAGGAUACCGACUAGCCUGCUUUUUAUCAUUUUCUUUAGUGAAGCUAUGACGAGCUCUUGGCUCUUACAUUUUUUUCAUGUGAAACUUGAGCGUGUUAUGUGGAAGGAAGUACUGGCUCCUACUCAGUGUGGAAGGUGUAUGGGAAGAGACCAUAAACAUGGUGCUGUAUAUUCAAAACUUGCGUCGGAUCAAUGAAAACGAAAACUGGUCCGUGUUUAAAACUGGUCACAACAUUAAGGAAACUUGCACUAGGUUUCCCAAUACAAAAUGUAUGAGAAAUAAUACUUCCAAUGGUUGUGAUGUUCAGCUAUGGUUCAGAAGGCAUCAUAAAGCUUAAGUGACACUGUGUUCUGAAGGGUUCCUAUUUGGAAAGGAAAAAAUGACACAAAUAUUGGGUCUUGUGACAUGUACCUCAUGUUGUGAAUGUAGAUAAAUGUGAUUGUUGUCUUUUAUCAGGUGAAAUGUUUAUUUAAUUGAAAAGGAAAAAAGGACAUCCCUUUAUGCCAAAAUCUGAGCCACGGAUGUAGGAAAAUCUGAUCCUAUUAUGUUCUUGUUGUAGUGAUUAGACAAAGCAAAUACACUGGAAAUUUUAUCUACUGUAGUUUCAUGCACAUUUUUAAAAAAAAAAAACAUUUUGUCCACCAAAGGUCAGUAAGAAGCUCGCAUUUCAGUCCGACAUUUAUUUACUAAAGUUAAUUUGUGCCCAAUAUACUGUAUAUAUAUAUAGAGCUGUUUGUAUAUUUUUAUUGCAAGAUACAGCAUAAUUCAUUGGUUACCAAUGACUAAGAUACAUCCAAUUGAUUGGAACGGCUGAGUUAACUUUCAGUGCCAUUGAUGACGAGAAGUCCAAUCAUGUAGCUCUUUUCAUCCUUCCGCUGUGAAUUUGAAUUAGUUGGUCACCAGUAGAUGUCCAAUCUGUUAGAACUCGGAGGGUUGGCAGACCAUUUCAGACACUGUUCAUUCGCUGCCAGCUGUUCCAGUUCAAAUGGCAGCCAAUGACUAGGUCAGUUCUGUAACAUGUAAAUGUACAGUGGUACCUCUACAUACAAAGUUAAUUUGUUCCAGGACCUUGUUUGUAUUGUAAGUCGUAAUGGUCCUAUGUCGAGCAGGAUUUUCCCAUAAGAUUGCAUUAUAAUUCCAUUAUUUCGUUCCACAGCCCGAAAACCUACACUAAAUUCAUAAUAAAUACUGCUGGAACUAUUAAAUAUGGUAAUUACACAUAGUAAAAAAAACAAAUUCAUAAAAAAUUGGAAUAUUAUAAUAAUUCCUGUAAUAAUGUAACGAAUCUGGUUCUAAUGUGGUGUACAUUUUGCGUGCUAUACCUGAACGCACCACGUGGCUGACUUAAGCCGGUGCGGUCGAGAUUUUACUUUCUCUUUUAAUGUUUUGUUGCGUCAACUGCUGCGGACAGUAGGCAUGUUGUGUUGCACAAGUUUAUGGAAUAAAUGAUUAGAAACAUGACUAUGCUGGCGAUUUCUCUGGCAAUGUUACCACAAUAAUAGACGACUUAUAAAGACUGGCAAACAGAGGUCGGAGGUGGACCAUCAAGAUCGACGUUCACGGAUGCGCACACCACGCCCAUAUUUUUCUGUGAUUUCCAUCUUCAUUUAACAGUAGAAAACCCAGCAAAGGCCAAAUCGGGCUUUCCCCAAGACAAAUACUCCUAAUAUUUCCAUAUAUGAAUGGCUCUUGUCUGUCGGACAAUGACUUGCCAAUUCAAAAGCCCUUGGGCCAUUUUCGCCACCUCUGGGUUUUUCCGGGGUAGAGGCCAAAUCGGCCAUUGCUUAGGACUAUUAGGAGUACAAGAAUUCUCUGGGACUUCUAGUGUUAAAUGGUAAGCGUCAACUUUUUCCUUUUUCACCACCUGCACUAACCUUGGAACCAGUGUUUUCCUCUCAUAAGAAAAUCUGCCGUGCAUCAGUCUUCCGGCAAAACAAACUGCGGCGCUGACAUAUAUGUCGUCAGAUGUAGAAACAAAUGGCAACUCAAAUUUUACGUCUGAUGUCGAAAAGAUCAUGUGUCAAAGCGAUUGUAUGUCGAGGUGCCACUGUGAUCCGAAGUCUCUUUUUAAACAAGUUUAAAAUGAACUGGCUCCCUCUACAGGCUAACGGGGAACUUUCAGUUUCUCGUUCCCCCCACACAUAAGGUAAAUUUAGGAAUCUUAGCAUUCAGUUAAUAAAAAUGUGAAUUAAAAUAUUUUUUUUCCUAUGGUAAAGGGUGCGCAAGUCAGUUUUAUUUUUUUAUUAAAGUUGAAAUUUGGCGGUAGUGAAAUGGGCUCGAAUAGACAAGAAAAAUAUGCAAUAUUGUUUAAAAUAACUACAUUCCUUUUCUUACAACUUUGUACCUGUUUUUUUAAACUGCUAUGGCUUGUUGGGCCUUGCUGUGCUAUGUCAUCGUCGGGCUGAAUGUUGCAGGUCUUUUUUUUUUUUUUUUUUUAAACCUUCCAUAUGAUUGAAUCGUCGCAACAGUAGUCAGAAAAUGGGUUUAUAGUACAGUUGCUGUUGCAGAUAAGUUAUACUUGUUUGUUUGAAAUGUAUGCAUAUCAGAGCUGUUCUUUGCAUAUCACUUUAUUUGAGGGAAAGUUCUUGGUUUUCUAUUUUGAUUAUAGAGGAGUCCUAAAUGUAUUCUGAAAUGUAAUCUUAUGAGUAUUGUUUGUCGCUUCUGGUAAAUUGCCUUUUUUGUGGUUACAAAAUGGAAUUGCCACACUGGAUUUUUUUUUUUUUUUUUUUUGCCCUCACUGUGAGCUUUUAAUUUAUUGACUGAAACAAGUAUCAUGUGUUGUAAAUGUUUAAAUGCAAUGUUCCAAGUGAAGCGCAUUGGGCUGCUGUGUUGUUUUGUUUUUGUUUUUUUUUUUUCUUUAUUUCCCAAGGCCAGAAAUCUGUGAUUGUAAUUUAAAGG